UAAUUGGCUUGGGGAGAUUUUGGUUCACUUGGGGAGAUUCGAGAGACAGUUUUACAGUUGACAGCACCACCCCCGUUGGUGCAAGAGCUGAAGACUAAGAUGCAAAGUUCAGGAAUGCCUUGGCCUGGUGAUGAGGGUGAACAACGAUGGGAACAAGCAUGGUUGGCUAUAAAAAAGGUCUGGGCUUCAAAGUGGAAUGAGAGAGCAUACUUCAGCACAAGAAAAGUGAAAUUAGACCAUGAUUAUCUUUGCAUGGCUGUCCUUGUUCAAGAAAUAAUAAAUGCCGACUAUGCAUUCGUUAUUCACACAACUAACCCAUCUUCAGGAGACUCGUCGGAGAUAUAUGCCGAGGUUGUCAAAGGUCUUGGAGAAACCUUAGUUGGAGCUUAUCCUGGACGUGCCUUAAGUUUUAUUAGCAAGAAAAAUGCUCUGGACUCUCCUCAGGUGUUAGGUUACCCUAGCAAACCGGUUGGCCUCUUUAUCAGACGGUCCAUAAUCUUCCGAUCCGAUUCCAAUGGUGAAGAUCUUGAAGGUUAUGCUGGUGCAGGCCUUUAUGACAGUGUGCCUAUGGAUGCGGAAGAGGAAGUCGUGCUUGACUACUCAUCUGACCCACUCGUUACUGAUGGGAACUUCCAAAAGACAAUUUUGUCCAGCAUUGCUCGCGCAUGACUCUGCUACAUGAUUGGAGGACUAUGCAAUUAGUAAUUGGCUUU